UCUAUCAGCAGAGAAGUGAACUAUAUUUGUUUUCACUUGCGCGUUUUUACAUAACCUAAAAUUAUAAAAUAACGUCUAUAAAACGCUUAAUUUCAAUAAUAAAUAUUUAUUAAGAAGAUUAAAAAUUAUAAUGGCCAGUAGCUUAGAAAGCUUUGUGAAUCAUACUGUUUCUAUUAUAACGUAUGAUGGUCGGAAUUUCAUUGGCACGUUAAAAGGAUUCGAUCAAACGAUUAAUUUAAUUUUGGAUGAAUCACAUGAAAGAGUUUACAGUACAACUCGAGGCGUUGAUCAAGUUGUUUUAGGAUUACAUAUAAUUAGAGGUGAUAAUGUUGCAAUAGUUGGUGAAUUAGACGAGGAAAUGGACGCAAGACUAGAUCUUGCCACGAUACGUGCAGAACCUUUAUCAGCGGUAACGCAUUAGAAUUUAAUUUUAAGUGGAUCGACUCAUCCUCUGUUAAAUAUCUCAUAAUUUAUUUAAAAACAAAAUAAUCUGCAUUUAUUUCAAAUGCAAAAUGAAAUUUUUUUUUGCAAAUCAAAUUUAUCAGAAGAUGACUCAAAAGUUUGAGUUUUAAUACCUUCAUUAUACAAGGACAAUUUUUUAAAGUUUAAAUCAAUAAAAUAAAGGAAUCCAUAUAUUUCUUUAACUACAA